CUACCCAAGUGAUACCACGAAGCAAGGGACAUACACUACCUAGAGAUAUCGCUCUAGGAUACGACCACGAGGCGCCACCCUAGAAUCACCCUCUAACAUCCACCAGGAUACAUAUCAACAUCAUUUACAACCAAGAUAUUCAACUACAUCAUUUCUUGCUAGCGAUCCCUCAGGAUACCUUGGAAGCAUAUUCUUGGAUACCAUCCUUUAGCGUCUGCUAUGCCUACUAUCGAACGCUUUGCGCGGUUUAAACCGUCCAAGGUGAACCUCUCGCAGCUCAUUAAGUUCGGCGUGACGCCGAGCACGCCGCAGAUCUACCGCUCCUCACAGUUUCUUCUUGACGAAAUCCCCAUCAUGCUCGCGCACCGCGUACAGUUGUUACGAAACCCGCCGCCGGAGCUCACGGUGAAACAGCCAUUCCGCAACUUGGCCGACUCGUACGAACAUACGUUCCACAAGAUUCUUGAAUUCAAGCAGAAGUCCAGCCACCUUCUUGGGCCCGAGAUGAAGGCGCGGCUUUUAUCGCAGAGCUCUCCCGCGGGCAUGUACUUCACCACACGGGUUUCAGAUGAAACUGGUCCGGAGCCGGUGAUACUGGAGCUCAGCGCAUCGCAGGUGUUGAGCAGCAUGAACGUGGUAUCGGCCGUUCCCGCACCCGGCCUCUUUGCUCGGCUCAGCGGCAUGUUCCACACGCGCUCGUUCGCGGUGGCGCCCAACGUGGCGCGCGCGAACCCCGCGCACGUACAGUUCGACCCGAACUUGCGGCAGACGCUCUCGGACACUGUGCGCGCGUAUCCCCAGGAGGUGCACAGCUACAAUGCGCUCUGCCAGGAAUUCUUCAGUGCGAUUCUCGCGGACCACAGCAAUGACUUGAUUGCGCUCUUCAAGGAGGUCAACCAGGAGUUGUUCCAGAUGAAGAUCACACGUCCCAAGCAGUACGCUCGCAAGUGCCAGAUCGACAACUGUACCCGCACGCACGAGUACCUCAAUGCAUUGCACCGCUCGCGCAUCUCCACGCGCUUCUUAGUUUCGCAGCACCAAUCGUUGUACAAGCUCAGCUACGCGCAGGUGUCGCGCGCGCAGUUCAAAGAGUUGCAGCGCAACGGAAACGUUGGGGUAAUUGCUACCAACGUGAGCAUAUACGAUAUCCUCAACGACGCGAUUACUUCCGCCGAAAAUACGCUAAUCAACUGGACUGGCUUGAACCCCCCAGAAAUCAUUUUGAACUGCGAUGAUGACCUCCGCACGGUGUGCGUGCCCGCGCACCUCUGGCACAUUUUCUUUGAGUUGGUCAAAAACGCGAUGCGCGCGACAUUGGAAAACUACAACGACGCGUCAAUCAGCAGCGACGGAAAAAUGCGUGAGACUGGAAGCUCACGGGUUCGCGACACACUCCGGAAGGACAUCAUUCCGCCAAUCGAAAUUACCGUCCUCAACGGUACUGAGGACGUGCUCAUCAAGAUUUCCGACCGUGGUGGCGGCAUCAAGUCAUCGGAAUUGUCCAAGAUUUCGUCGUAUUUUUAUACCACCGUCUCAAACGACGAGAUUUCGCAGUUCCCCGUGGACUCCAUGACUCACCCGAACUCUGGAAACGAGGUGUUUAAUUUGGUGCAGAACCCCAACCAGGACCUCCAGGAUGGCAAGGCUGCACCCUUGGCUGGCUUGGGCUACGGGUUACCGUUGUCCAAGUUGUACGCACAGCACUUUGGCGGUGACUUGAAGUUGGUUUCCUUGUGGGGUUACGGCACUGACGCAUUUGUUCGUUUGAACAAAUUCGGUCUGGAGGGUAGCUAAACAUAUUUAUUACGAUUUAAUGAAUAAAAACUGAUAACAAGGUAGACUGAUGGAGAUGCUGUGUACACCCAAUCGUCUGUCGAAUAUAUAGUGGAUAGAUACUAACAAAGGCAUAACGGGGGCCAGAAUCUAAUCAGUAUCCACCUUAGCCCUUUACCCUGGAGUUAAAGGCUGUGUCGUAAUUUAGUAUUUGGGACAUCGUAUGGGCACUUAAUACCACUGUUACCGUCAUGUUAUCCCACUCCUGAGACUUGGAAGGCACCUAAACAACAGGCGAUACGAUAAUUUUGUACAUUUG